GUUAUGGUGCGACAGGCGGUUGUGGUUAACCACUCGCAAUCCUGCUGCAUCUCUGUACUGUCGGGAACUGUACAGAAGAGGAGAAACAUUCCCGAUGGAGUAACACUUCCUAACAGUAUUCUAUGAGCGCAGUAAUUUUGGACUGGAUUGAAAUCUUCUGAACAUCCUAAUUCUCACUGAUAUUAUAAUAUCCACGGAUUAAUCUACGGUAAGCAUCAUCCUUUCGGGAAAGACAGUAUUUGCGCAGUAUGCUGCGAUGGAAUAUACUGAGGCGGAAGGGGAUCGCUGGGAUUUCCAUAAGUUUGACUUGUGGUAGAUAACUUGGAUUUGGAAACGCGCGUCUUCGGCUCUGUUUGUGACUUGAGGUAUAAUUUUAGGAUGUAAAAUGGAUUCUUUCUGUUCAAGUGGAUGUUUAUGAUGAGAAUUUUGUUUUGAGGGGAAUUGAAAGAUAUGGUCAGUGGUCAGUCAGGAGAGACUGAAGAUUUCCCGCGCCUGCUCUGCGGUGGAGGACUACAGGCGGGCGCUCGUGGAAGAACCGAACCAUCUGAAGAGAGCGCGUGCCAUGCCGUUUCGGGUCUCGAGCGGUAGAAAGCUGUAAAACCUGUGGCCAGGAGUUCACUGAGACGCGGUGAUGGGCUUUGCCAUGAGGCACCGCUGGUUCAUGGUGCCACUGCUAAUGCAGGCAUGGCUGUCUGCCACCCCUUGCUUUGGUGAGCGUCCUUGCCCUCGGAGCUGUCGAUGCGAUGGCAAAAUUGUAUACUGUGAGUCAAGCGCAUUCCGUGAUGUUCCCAAGAACCUCUCAGGCGGCUGUCAAGGCCUGUCCCUGCGGUAUAACAGCUUAGCAAGCCUGAAGGCUGGCCAAUUUGUUGGCCUCAACCAACUCAUUUGGCUGUACCUGGACCACAACUACAUUGCCAAUGUAGAUGCACGUGCUUUUCAAGGGAUACGGAGGCUCAAAGAGCUAAUAUUGAGCUCCAACAAGAUCACACUGCUACAUAACACCACAUUUCACCUGGUACCAAACUUGAGGAACCUGGACCUUUCCUAUAACAAGCUACAAGCUCUACAACCGGGGCAGUUCCAGGGACUACGUAAGCUACUCAGCUUGCACAUGCGCUCCAACUCCCUUAAGAAUCUUCCCUCUCGCCUUUUUCAAGAUUGCCGUAAUCUUGAAUUCCUUGACCUUGGCUACAACCGACUGCGCAGCAUUACUCGCAAUUCAAUGUCCGGCCUGAUGAAGCUAACUGAGCUGCAUAUUGAGCAUAACCAGUUCUCCAAAAUCAACUUUUUCAACUUUCCACGCUUCUAUAACUUGCGUGCUCUUUACCUACAGUGGAACCGCAUCAGGACCAUGAGUGAAGGCCUUACAUGGACCUGGACAUCAUUGCAGAAGCUAGACCUUUCAGGAAAUGACCUUCAGGAGAUCGAUGCAGAGGUGUACCGGGCCAUGCCGAAUCUGCAGACGCUUAACCUGGAUUCAAACAAGCUUGUCAAUGUGUCUCAAGAGGCUGUGGAUGCCUGGACCUCUCUGACAGCAAUUAGUCUGGCAGGCAACAUGUGGGACUGUGGACCAGUUGUGUGCCCACUGGUGGCCUGGCUGAGAACCUUCCGUGGAAACAAAGAAAUUAAUAUGAUUUGUGCAUCACCCAAAGAAGUUCAAGGGGAGAAGGUUUUGGAUGCCGUUGACGCCAAUGGGGUUUGUAGGGUUGCCCCUGCUAUGCCGUCAACUGUAAUUGUUCCCUCUACCCCUUUUGUCGCCUUUGCCCAGACCCCAGCCAGCUCUUUCAUCCCGACUCUAAAAUCUGGAGACAGCAGAAGGGGCCAGGGGACGUCCUUGGAAGGUACCACCUCUUCUGCACCUUCUCAGCCCGCUGUCCCACCACCAGAGCAAGAUUAUGAACCAGUAUCAUUCCACAAAAUAGUGGCAGGAAGUGUUGCCCUGUUCCUGUCGGUUGCCAUGAUCCUCCUCGUAAUUUAUGUGUCAUGGAAGCGCUAUCCAAGCAGUGUUAAGCAGCUACAGGAAAACUCGGCUGCUGCUCGCAAACGUCGGAAAAAGUCACGGGAGACAGAGCGCACACUCAGCACACCAUUGCAGGAGUACUAUGUGGACUACAAGCCUAAUAACACAGAGGGCACAGAUGUGCUGGUCAAUGGUACUGGGCCAUGUACCUACACCAUCUCUGGCUCCAGAGAAUGUGAGGUCCCUCACCAGAUGAGCACUCUGACCUUCUACAGGUACGAGCAGCCCAUAGUGGACUACUGCCAGGCCCAUCAGCCCCUGCGGCUCAACAUGAGCUACGAGGGGCCACCGCAAAGCCUGGAGGGGCUGGAGGAGCUUCCCCCCCGCGAGAGGAGCACCAUCCAGACUGUGGCCCUUCCGGCAGUGCCCACCAUCAACACUGGCACCAUGGGACCCUGCUCCCCACCCAGCCAGAGAGCACCCAUGGAGGGGCCCAGCAUCACCUACCCCACCACAGAACGCUCCAUUAACUAUCCAACAACAGAACGUUCCACCAGCACCCUCACUUUUAGACGCUAACGGAUCUGGUCGCAAAGCAAGGCAUGAUGGGUAAUUUCAAAAGAGGAUGUGCCUGGGCUGUGAUCCACAUUCUGCCGGCAUUAACACAGCGGCACGUCCGAAAACUGAGCAUACUGCUGCGUGCUAACUGUUUCUCGCGAAUAUAGAGAAGUGAAAAACAUUCCCACAACAUCGCUGGAGGACACGAGGAUCUGGCAUAUGGUACACUUUCACUGUGGAGUGUAGUGUAUCCUGAAAAAUGGGAUUCCAUUCAUCUUUCUCCAUCUUUUCUUUGUUCCGACUCAAAGGCCCGUACACGUUUUGUUGUCCCUGUUCUGCUCAAUGGCAAAUUGAAAUCCAAUGCAACAUGCAUGAGACGUUAAACGUGGCUUUGGUUUCAUUCAGCCCUCGCUCUGUACCAACGCCACAGGACGCCUUCUCUGAGGAGUAGAUAAUGGUGAUUCUCUCAAGCUGAGUGAAGAAUGAAUAGGAAUGUGCAAUAAACAAGGUUUUUUUGACGAGGGAGAGAGUGUGAGAAUGAGAGAAUGAAAAGAAACAAAUUAAUGUUCACCAGAGCUCAAAGGCCUCUCGCUGUUAUUUUCAUUUAGUUGCCAGGGAGCGCUCAUAAAUGCUGUCAUUAUUUGAUUAAAAAGACAGAUCUGUCCAGACAUGAGCAUGUCAAAUGGAAGAUCUCUUGAGUAUAAAAAAAGCAUUCAUUAAAAGCGAAAUGAAGUCUCACAAGGCAAGGUCUUUCAGCGUGCACAUGUACCAAAGAUCAAGCUUCUUUAGAUGUACAUAUAGCUUGUGUUUCUUUUCAAAAUGUAAUCAGAUUAAUCAGUAUGUGUCUAAUGCAUACUGUAAUGUGCGGGCCGCCAGAGUUUAUGACUAAUUUUCAAUUCUGUAGAAUUCAGUACUGAAAUGCAGAGUGAAAAACAUCAAGCUCAGUGUUUGAACGCUACAUGUUGACUAGAUAGUGUAUGUGUGUGUUUGCUUGUGAGUGUGUAUGUGUUUUUUAAGUUUAAAAGCUGAAGUGUGUAAUUUCUGCGCCCAGUGGUGUGAAAAAUAAUGAUUGUUUUCUAAAAGGUUUCCCUUAUCUGCCAUUUGUCAGGCAAACAGAAAGCCACGCCCCCAAACUUACACCAUUGGUUGAGGCAGUGUUGCUAUGUUGGCUUGCCAAACAAACAAACAAAGUUUUGAUAGUGCCACAGUGUAUACAUGUGUUUGCUAAGCCAACUGCUUGUUCGUACUUGUUACUGAAUACUAAUUGUCUCUGCUUUUCGCUAAAAAGCCAAAAAAUUACACACUUCAGCUUCAAGAGGGAAGAAUCAUAAAGGGGUGAAGCAAACGUCCCUCACUUGGUUGUUAGCUUGUUGGAGUUACCAUACAGUGGCAGAAAUAUAUUCUUCGCAAGUAUGCAACACAACGCAAGCGCACACAGUUUUAACAGUGUGAGCGGUAUUACGCUGUGUAUGUUAAUAUUGAGGUGACUAGCUAUACGUCACUGAGGAGUGUGCUAACUUGCUCAGCAAUAUUUUCAUCAAACUAUUGCUACACUAUGACAGUAAUUGACCUAAAUGGAAAAACUGAGAACGCUGAAAAUUCAACGCAUACUUGAGUUUCUGGCAGAUGACAAUGUGUGAAAUGGAGCUUGGCUAGAAGCGUUUGCAUGCUUGUGUAGAACAUGUUUUUGACCAAAACGAUCUUUCUAACCCAUUUUCAAAUGGCUUUCCAAUGAUCUAACAAUAACAAAGCCUGAAUCUCCUUUAAGAGCCUCCAGUUGUAUCGAAGAGCUGAAUAAACCAAUAUUUGCUUCAGAGGAGUUCAGAAAGAGGUGGUCAGUCACCUCGGGUCAUGGAGUGUUAACCAAGAGAUUUUCUGAUUCCUGAUGUCACUCAACAAAGUAGCAACACGGAUGAAAUUGCUAUAAUUGGCUAUAAAAGCAAGACGUAUGGGAGACUGGGGACAAUUGUAAUAGCAAUUUUCCUAUAUAACUCAGACUACUACAAAUCUACAUGCCAUGUUUUGAUGUAAGAACCGUAUAUAUGUGCCAACUGUAAUAGUAUCAUUACAUUGAAUUUAAUACAAGUAGUAUUAUGGGUUCGAAUGUGACAGUGACUGGGGGCAAUCAUAACACUUACAAAAAAAUGUUUAUUAGCCCAUUGUAUCUCCAAUAAGAGCGCAGAUCAAAAUAAUAACAUUAUUGAUUUAAUAUGUAGUACUAUUACUGAAUCGUUUUCACUUUUAGAUGAUGAUACAUCUUUAAAAAAAAAAGGUCUAAGUGGUAAAAAGCUAAAACAAGAUAUAUUGGAAAAUAAUUUUUAUUAAAAUGUUAUUUUAUUUUAUAUAUAUUCAUUUUUAUUAAUAAUUAAGACUACAUUUUUUAUUUAUGUUUUUAUUUAAAAGUAUAAUGUUAAACAACAGAAGAAAAAAUCUAUGUUAUUUCUCACAAAGUCAAACGAUCAUGCUUUUCCUCAGGCGGAAAGUAAUCUCUACUGAGCAUAUGCUGAAUAAGUGUUACAAUAGCCUCCGGUCUCCCAUAGUCAUUCGAGGGCCUGUUCAUUUUUAGUUUGAGUUGAGAUUAAGGCAGACCAGAUGCUCCUGUGUGUUUUUUUUUUUGUUUAUUGUUGUUGUUUGAACAUCGGACUAUUACUAGUCUAAUAGACUUCUGUGGUCAUACAUUAGUCACAUUUCACUGAUUCUGUAUCACUCAGUUUUCUGUUUCGCUCACCGUAGUUCAGCAGAGCAUUUUGUUCAAGAAACUCUUGCCAUUGUCCAAUCAUGUAAAAGUUCUGUUUGGUUUUUCUUACUUUCAACCUUCAAAAGGACUUUGAGAAUAUGGAAUUAUUGCCUGUAAACACAGUUUUUUUUUUUUUCACCCUGUGUGCCUGUGCGUUUGGACUUCACACAAUGAAUGUGGACAUGGUACCUCACCAACAGUCAGUGUGGAUAUUGCAAAUUUCAACCCGUUCAAGGCCUCCGGAACAAUGACGGAACGUCACCCGUUUCCUCAGGAGCCAUGAUAACUGCUUUGGCCCCUCCAGAACUCUACGCUGGCAUGUUUAUAACAGACUCUGCUGGAUAAAGCGCAAUGACGUCACAGGAAAUGUGCUGGCGAGGUAAGAAAUGGAUUUCACACUGUCAUGUCUCAGUCUCUUCAAGAGAAGUGACGCUGUCAAGAUGAUCAAAGACGUUUUGAAACGUGUCUUGGUGGUUUCCGGCACCAGUUAUCUUCGUAUGUUUAUCUUGUAAAUAGAGAGUAUAAAGAAACAUAUUGUUUUGCUUCUUUUGACACAAGUUUUGUGAAAAAGACCGAAGCCUCAGCUGUUUAAACGCGCACCCUGAUCAAAGAAUACGCUUCUAGAGAGACUGGAUAUGACCCCUCAUUUGGAAGAUUGAUAUUUUUCUAUCUCAUUCCGUUCCUCAUCUCAUUAGCAUCAUAGAUUUUCAUUUUCUUCGUAUCACUUUACUGCUGACAUCUGUUUGGGAAUAGAAAGAUUGAUAUCAAUGCUCAUUUAAUGUCAUAUAUACUUUGAUUCUGCUAUGUGCCCUAACCGUUGUGAUCCUCUCUCUCUCUUUCUCCUCAGUUUGUAUUUUCGAGACACCCAGGCAAAAUAAUAUCUACUUGUUCAAUGAGAGUGGCUUGUACUUUGCUCCGAGGCUUCAUGCAUGAUGUAUCAAGUAUAGGCUUGAUGUUGUUAAGUAAAUGCUAAUAGGGUUACCUGCCCACCACAUUUCAAUUCUGAGUAAGUCGCAAGAACUUUACAACCUCAUAAAACGCUCCUUACAGCAAGGCAUUAGCUCAAUGGCAGUGUUGCAGAAAAUCCAUAUUACUUUCUGUGUCCUGAAUUUGAAAAGGCAAAGUCAGAAUGUUGUUCAGGGGAAACUAGAAUAUUUCAUUCUAAUUAUUCUAAUUGAAAUUAUAAAAUAAUUUUAUAUAAUUUUCUCCAUGCAUUAUAGACCUCCUGUUUGGGACUCUCUGCUUGGUCAGUCUGGAUAAAAUACUUAGCACAUACUAAUUUAUUCAGAACCACAAAAUUUCAUCAGUUUUCUGCUUUAAAAUAAACAAGGAAUGCGUAUGAAAGCAUCCGAUCCUAUCAGCUAUUUGGAUGAGUUACCUUGACUAGAUAAUCUAAGCUCUUAAACCAUCAUUCAAAAGCAACGAUUCUCCUCCUCCACAAAGUCGCCAAAUCAUGACGCCUUAUGUAACUGUCUCUUCCCAUUAUUCUGACAAUUUGCUGCUUUACGGUCAUUUACGUAAGGCAGAGGACGCCCCUGCAUCUUCUCUUCCCUUGUCAUUCACAUUUUGCCAUUUACGUUUUUAACCCUCCUAUUGUCUUGUUCAUUUUUGGUAAAAACAAUACAUUAGAAAUAUGAACAUUUUUGGUAUUGAAAUCUGGCUUUGUGACAGUGUCUUAACACAAUUCUAAAAAAAAAAUUAAAAAAUAAUAAUAAUAAUAAUAAUCGCUUGUUUGAAAACAACUAUUUAAAAAAAAUCUGUUGUCAGAUUUGGCACAUGAGAAUGUUUUUUUUUUUUUUUUUUUUGUAAGGAUGGAUUAAAUGAAUCUAAAGUGACAGUACAGACAUUAAUAAUUUUAUCUUUUCAUGUUUCUAUUAAUCGACAAAUUAAUGAAGUAACAAAUCAGACAUGAAGACUGGAGUAAUGGCUGCUGAAAAUUCAGUGUUGCCAUCACAGGAAUAAACAUAUCAAAUAAUUUAAAACAGAAAACAGUUAUUUAAAAUUGUAAUAAUAUUUCAUAAUGUUACUAGUUUGCUUUAUUUUAAUUAAUGCAGCCUAAGUGACUCAAAAUCAUUACAAAAUUGGACAAACCACAAAUUUUUGAACGGUUGUGUAUACCUUUAAUUUAUGAAUAAUAUUUGACCCCAAAAUAUUUGACAUUUAGAAAGAAAAAAAAAAGUAGUGCUUUGUACUUCCUGUGAAGCAGUGAUUUUUAAUGCAAGUCAUUUAUUUGUGAAAUACAAAGUAAACCUUUAAAUGUACCUUUUUACACAAACACUUUUUAUUCAAAUAUGUAAUCAUAAUACACUUUACAGGCAGAAAAAAAAAAAAAACAUUCUACUUAAUGUGAAUAAUCCCUAAUCAAGAACAAUGAAUUAUUAAUGGAUUUCAAUGCAAUCAAAUUUCAAUUUGGCACAAGUAUCAUAGGUGGGCACAGUUUCAUGCAACAAGAGGGGGGUUAAAUCAAACCUGUGUUCAUGUUUACAAAGCAAAACACUUCCAGGAGUUUUUCCUGGAAAUAUCCAAGCAGGUGUUAUUAAGCUGCCGAUAACGAACAAGCUAAAUGCAAAUUUUCAAUUAAUUUGUCUUUGUCUACAAAGGAUAUUCUCUAACAGCAGUAGGCGUAAUUUCCUAAUGUUCAGAGAGCACUUUCCAUACAAAGAAUGUACCAAUACAGUACAUUCACAUAAACGCAAAAUUAGAGCUUCAAAAGAAAAAGGAAAAAUCACAGCUUCACUGAGUUUCCCUCCCGUUUGUUUGUUUUGGUCGUUCUUUUUCCCCUUGUGAUUUUGGCCCCAGUGUCUUCUGGGAACACGUUUUUCCUCAAGGGUAGGAUUUAAAGAAACAGAAAAGACUUUUAUAUUUCUGUGCUGACUCUCAAAUGAGUGUCUAAUGCAAAUAUCCAGAAGGACAGGAAGAGGCCUGAGAGAAAGAAAGUCAGAGGGAAGGAAUUUCAGCUCACUGACCGUUUUCUUCUCUGCUGCGUAGCCAUAUAAAUAUUGGGGCAAAAGUCUUGGUGAAAGGAGCUAUAUACGACACAAAAACACAUACAUUUGCUCAUCUGUGCAGAAAUUGGAGGAGAAAAAACCCUUCGCUUAUCUCCAGGCUUGCACAUGGCUGAGAGGUAGAGCUGUUGUCAGUGUGGGGGUUGGCCCAUGGGGCUAACAUCUGCUGCUAUUGUGGACUUGGCUCUGUCACCAUACUUAUUCUCUGUCUACUAAAUCUGCCACAUUCAACCAGAGCUCUAGCCCACAAACUAUCUACACCUCAAGUAUCGUAGUUUAGCAAUUGAAUGUUGGACAGAACGGCCGGGCGUUAAAACGAGGCCAAAGAGCCAAAGGAUCUGUUCCAAAAUCUAGUGAGCUGCCUCGCCACCUACGUAGACAGCAUCCGAACCAGCAUGAAUCAACAGAAGUAGCCAAUUUGAAAUACUCUACAUAGAAAUGUCCACAUUUUACAUGAGCGUUAGCGUGUUGCUAAGCUAACAACACAGUAUUUUAGUAAACAUAAAGACACAGCACACUAAUUUGGGGUAAAAUAGUCUAUAACUAGUCUAAACUUGACUAGUUAUGAGCUACUCAUAAAAAUUUUUUUUUUUUUAAAAAGCUACACUACAUAAUACUAACACAAAUCUGAAUCUUUAUUGAACCAGUUCACUUAAGUGAAUCAUCUGAGUGAACAAAUUCAUUCCAGUGAAUCAGAAUUCCCAACUCAAAUGAAAUUCAAAUUCAAAUAACUAAAUAUUGUAGAAAACAUACUUGGAAAAAAGGUGGAAGGGUUUGGAUGAAUCUACAGAUCUUUCUUGAAGCACUUUCUGAACCAUCUGAAUAAACAGAUUAAUGUAAAUGAAUCUGAUUUCCAAACUCAAAUUUAGUUAAUUUAUAUUACCAAGUAGAAAACAUUGUGAUCAUUGCCAAAAAAAAGAAAAAAAAAAGAA